CAGCCCUCUCUUUCACACAGUACCCAAUUCUGAAUCGAAGAGAGAAGCCAAAAGGAGAAAAAUUCAGGAUGAACCCACAAAUGGAUAAGCUGGUGAGGAGGACAACCAUAGUGGCUACUGUCACUGCUUCUUAUUUUCUCUUGACUGCUGAUUAUGGCUCCGAGCCCAAUGUUCUCGACCCUAUUAAGAAGGCAAUACAGUCUGCAGAAAGCUCUGUUAAAGACUUUGUCUUUGGAUCAAAGACUCAACCUCCAGAGAGCGAAGUGAAGAAGCUGAGCUCUAACAGUGCUAAGGAACAUCCUUAGUUAAAUAGGCAGUUAACCCUGUAUAGGAACAUCAUGGUUUAGAGACUUUUCACUGUUCUUUUCAUUGUGUAGUGAUGUUGGACCUUGUGUACCUUUCGCAGAAAGAUAUUUUCAUGUUUGGUUUCUGUACAAUCUUCUCCUUACUGCCUAAAUAAAAUCCAACGCUGUCCAUAUGAUGAUGUUCAUUACAUUAGACGUGUUAUCUGAACAAUUCGAAAAAGGUUUUCAGAGUCCAUUGGAUGUGAAAACAGUAAUUGCAAGAAACAAUCUGAAAUUCUCAUCUCACACUUAAUUAGCUGAGUUAGCUUGUUCAGGAUUUGGUCCUCUACGCAGCUACAUCUGCUUGUUUUGGCGGGUACUCUGAUUCUAUGACUCAAACUAGGAGUCACCCGUGGCGGGACCCCCCCCCUAUCAGGGAAACUUAAAUCAACCGUUCCUAUGAGCCUGGGGUUCCCGCUGCUCCACUAGUUCUCUAGCAUCCAACUAAAAUAUGAACAUGUGUAA